GUUUCCUUCCUUCAUCUCAGCAAUUCCAGAGCUCAAAGAUAUGAAAUCGCAAGCGCCAAGAUCCGUUAUCCAAAUCGACGACGACGACGACGACGACCUAGACGACGACUUUCUCUCUCAGGUCGCCGCCGCCGAAGCCCAUGCUCUCGCCAACAAGCGCCGCCGUUUCACCACCCCCUCCCCAUACGCCGUCUUGUCGGCACCGUCGCGCUCCGCGAAUCGGAUGGAGACAUCCGGCGGCGGCGGUCUCUACCCCGCAACGCCCUCCCCGUACGCCGUCUUAUCUGCACCGUCGCCGCCGCCACCGCGCGCCGCGAUUCGAAAGGAGAUACCCGACGGCGACGGCGACGGCGGACUCUACACCGCGGCGCUCAAAGGAAACCAGAGCGUGUUCUCUGAGCCUCCGCCGCGCGGCGGUGGAUUUGGAAAAGGGAGAGUUUCUGGUGGGGUUGUUGCGGCGGCGGGAGACGGCGGUGUUUCGACCGGCGACGCGUGCUUUAAGUGCGGGAAGUCCGGACACUGGGCUCGCGAUUGCGAUGCUCCUGGCGGUGGAGGAGGCAGCGCAGGCUAUGGUGGUAAUUACAGCGGCGGAGGAGGGUAUACUGGUAAAAACGGCGGCGACGAUGCGUCGUAUCCUGAGAAAAGCUGCCCUUGUGGAUCUGGAACCUGCAUGGUGCUCACUGCAAAUACUGAGAAGAAUCGAGGUCGAAAAUUCUACAAAUGUCCACUUAGACAGGAAAAUGGGGGUUGUGGUUUCUUUGAGUGGUGUGACAAUGAUUCAGGGGCUAAUGCCAUGGCUGGUGCCAGUAGUGGUAGCUUUAGUAGGACACCUGAUUCUACAUUUCCAGCUCUGCAAUGUCCUUGUGGUGUUGGGCAAUGCCGAAUCUUAACAGCGAAAACUGGCAACAAUAUCGGCAGCCAAUUCUAUCGCUGUCCUGGAAAUGAGGGAAGCUCUUGCGGUUUCUUCAAGUGGUGCAAUGAGAAUACUGUGGCAGCUGGUAGUGCACAAGGUGCAAGAAACCCCAAGAUUGUUUAUGGUUCAAGCGAGUUAAGCAGCCAAGGCAGCUAUGGUGUGAAGACUGGUUCUUCCUGUUAUAAGUGCGGAAAGGAUGGGCAUUGGGCAAGAGAUUGCUCUGUUCCUUCAAACAAUGCUCCGGGUGAAUAUGGAGGACGGUCUGCAUCAACAAGCAGCUGCUAUAAGUGUGGAAAGAUGGGUCACUGGGCCAGGGACUGCCCUGCUGGUUAAUAUGCAAUCUACUGAUGAACCAGAGUUUUUGCUUGAACUCUUCUCGGUUAGAAAUUCUCUAGAGUGGUUGUUUUUUUGUUCUUAGAUAAGAGACUAGAUGUUUCUGGCUUGUGAAUAUAGUAUUGAAGAAGAUGAUGAAGUAACAUGAACUUGUUGCUCUCGCAUGUCUUGCCUAAGAUUUUCAAUAGAAGUUGCUCAUUUGAGCUUUCUUGGAGUUCCUUAACCAUAUGGUUAUUGAUUUUUCAUUGUUUUUUGGUUUUUUUUGUUUGUAAU